UACGCACCUUACGCACUUUGCGGAGGUUACGGUUGCGGGCUUUCUCACAGGGACGCUGGGGUAGAGCUCCGAGCUUAGGGCUUUUUUUCCCCCACCUGAGCACACGCCGGCCUAAAACCUAACCAGGGCACCAGCUAAUGACCUUUCAAAGCGUUUUCUUGUCGCCUUAGAGGUCGAAGUGAUGCGAGUGAGGCUCACCCAUAGCGGAGAGCCGGUCUCUUUUUCUAUUUAAAUGCGCUGACGGCGGUUUCUGUCCGUCUCUCUUUCUCGGCGUUUCUCUCCGCCGUCGCUAUACCACAGCCGCUUUACUUAUCCAGCCCGCCGCCUUUGUGUGCUUCUUUUUUCUUUUUUCCCCUCUUUUUUAACGCAUAAAUUCGUUUGAGAUUCGGGUAAGUCAGCAGUACCGCGGCUAGCUGGCUAACGCGGGGCCGCAGUGGGAAGGGAGCGCGAAUGAGCAGGCCGCGGGGAAGGAGCCGAGUGACAGGCGGCGCUGAGGCCUGAGGGACCGCGGCUCGGGGCCUGCCGCCGCGGGGCCGUGUGUGUAGGUGUGUGAGAGGGAGAAACAGGGAGGGCGAGGAGAGGGACGCACACCGGGCUUAACUAGAGCAGUAAUCCAAGCCCGAUACCAGUUCUUACUGCACAGCAGUGCGUGAAUAUGCGUACGCGGAGCGGCGCUGAAUUAGCCGGCUAAGCUAGCCUGCUGAGUAACCACGUUCACUCUCUCAGUCAAGAUAGACGUUAGCCUUUACCUUGUCAUCUCUAUUAAUAACUGUGUGAUUAACGUGAUUAUCCCCUAAUUACGAAAAUCAAUCGUUUGCUUAAUAUUAGGUGCUUGUUGGUCAGUAUAUCUGUCGCAUAUUGUCUAAUGUUUAAUAGUGUCCAAACUUUACGGCUGCCAUUUGGUUGUUUUUGUCACCAGCAAAUAGGUAGUAUCCGGACAGAAGUGAAGGAUGUACUUUCUUGGCUAUCAGCAAUUUGCCGAAUAUUAUCUUUAACUGAUAAAUGCUCACUGUUGUAACGCAUCUGCAUUUGUUUGGCAUAUUAACCGCGGGCCUCCCACCCCCUGAUAGCCCCGCAUGACAGCUGUCAUCGCCACAACCUUUCGCUGUCAUUCUCAUCUUUAAUUUGACCUUAUUUCAAUUUUGGUAAGGGAGCCAGCCUGAGAAUGCUUUUCAAUGUUUCUUCCCUCCCAGUAGCACCUUUUCCCCAUAUUUAAAAUAUGUAAUCACGUUGUAGAUUGUGGGGUGACUUUGGUAGCAUUUCAUGCUUGCGGUUUUCUUGUACCUGGCAAAUGUAUUUUACUUUUCAGUAGUAAUAAAGGGGUGCUGUCUUUUAAAGGUGAAGGAGGUGACAAUGGGGGCAUUCCUGGACAAGCCAAAGAUGGAGAAGCACAACGCUCACGGAGAAGGCAACAGCCUCCGCUAUGGUCUGAGCAGCAUGCAGGGCUGGCGGGUGGAGAUGGAGGACGCCCACACGGCCGUCAUCGGGCUGCCCAACGGCCUGGACCCCUGGUCCUUCUUCGCUGUGUACGAUGGGCACGCCGGCUCGCAGGUAGCUCGUUACUGCUGUGAGCACCUGCUGGAGCACAUCACCAGCAACCCAGACUUCCGCGGCGGUGAGCGGGAGCCAUCGGUGGAGAGUGUCAAGAGCGGCAUCCGCACCGGCUUCCUGCAGAUCGACGAGCACAUGCGCGCCAUCUCAGAGAAGAAGCACGGCGCCGACCGUAGCGGCUCCACAGCCGUAGGUGUGCUGGUCUCGCCGCGGCAUACCUACUUCAUCAACUGUGGCGAUUCGCGGGGCUUGCUGAGCCGCGCCGGCCGCGUCCACUUCUUCACGCAGGACCAUAAGCCCAGCAACCCGCUGGAGAAGGAGCGCAUACAGAACGCCGGCGGCUCAGUCAUGAUCCAACGUGUCAACGGUUCCCUCGCUGUGUCACGGGCCCUUGGAGAUUUUGACUACAAGUGCGUUCACGGCAAGGGCCCCACGGAGCAGCUGGUGUCACCAGAGCCAGAAGUUUAUGAGAUCGAAAGAUCGGAGGCCGCUGACGAGUUCAUCGUGCUGGCAUGCGACGGCAUCUGGGAUGUCAUGGCCAACGAGGAACUGUGCGACUUUGUCAGGUCGAGGCUGGAGGUGACGGAGGACCUAGAGAGAGUGUGCAAUGAGAUAGUGGACACCUGUCUGUACAAGGGGAGCCGGGACAACAUGAGUGUGGUACUGAUCUGCUUUCCUGGUGCACCCAAGAUCUCUCCAGAAGCCGUGAGGAAAGAGGCAGAACUGGAUAAGUACCUGGAAAGCAAAGUGGAAGAGAUCAUUAAGAAACAAGGUGAAGAGGAUGUGCCGGACUUGGUCCACGUGAUGCGCACGUUAGCCACGGAGAGCAUCCCCAAUCUGCCACCAGGGGGCGAGCUGGCCAGCAAACGGAGUGUUGUUGAAGCCGUAUACAACAGACUGAACCCAUGUCGGAGUGAAGACACUGACUCUGCCUCGGCUGCCGACAUGUGGUAACGUGGCCCCGGCCUCCCUGCACCUCCCCUAGCACAGAGCUUACUCACAGCCCCCCCACCAAGACCGCCUGCGCUCAUGAGCCACUUCGCCGGCCACCUGCCCCCAAGGCUUUCCGUUCAGAGGCGGCGACAAGCGGCGGCUGGGGGGGGCCACCCCACACAGCCCCUGCCAUACAACUACCGUUUGCCCGGGGGGGAGGCGGCACGGCACUGCCCGCCCCCCCUGCUCCUUUUCGCCAUGUCCUUUUAAGCCCACACUGGUUUGCCCUUCCACCAAGCUGAUGCAAGGCUAUUUUUUUGUUGUUGUUGUUGUUGUUGUUUUUAAUUCAUGAAUUUGCAAACUUCUUUGCUGUAAUGACAUUCGAGGCUUCUGCUCUGCCCCCCAACCCCCCACCUCCCCAGUUGUGCUCGUUUAUGUGAAGUGCGUUUGUCCCUCUGCACAAUGUACUCUCAUCAGGCGUGAACCUGAGUAAAAGCUAAGGAUGAAAGCGCGUCUGUAUCCGCGUCCGUAUCCGCCAGCCCCCCCGUCACAUCUGCCAGCGCGCCGCUGCUCCCACAGCUUAGUCAGUGGUCCUUUAAGAAACGGGUAAAAUUUCUAAGUUCACAGCAGAGGAAGCUUUGUAAAUUUACAAAAUCAUGACUAGUGACUACGACUUUUCUGCGGCGUGCUUUGUCCGGCACGCCUGUGUGUGUGUAUGGGGUCGCACCCGCGGUCUGUGUGUCUGUCCGCUGACGAGUGCCCGGCCUGCCCUGCAUUCCCGCGUGCUGCUCUGCAGUCAGGCUGCUCUGCUUCUUCAUAACACAGCAACACUAACUGUCUUUACACGCCUCACCCACUUCGGUAUUCAUUAAGAAAAGAAUAAAAACCUUCAGAAACAUUAUGAUCCAGAUUACGCUCUUUCCGGGGGAGGAGGCACUAAACUCAGGCGCCUGAACUGAACUAGGUGUUUAUAUUCUUCUGUUAAUAGUUUUAUUAUUUUAAUGAUCAUAAUUCAGUUCUUCUGAUAGUUUGACGGAGCAGCCACAGAUUUGCAGUGUGAACUCCUGGUCAGACACUUCGGCUCCCACCUCCUCUGCCUGUGCUUUCUGAAAACCGGACUGAUGAACAAAUCUGCCAACCCCGGGAACCCUGCUGUGCAGUAACACCCUGUGCUGGCUCAGGCAGCACAACUUGCCCUGCUUUGCUGUGCUUUGUUGUUGUUCGGGGUGACAGGUGUUGCUGCUAUGAUGGGGUCCAUUUGUUUUUUUUUUUGUUUUUUUUUUUUAAAAAAACCCAUUCCUUUUUCUAAAGGCAGUUUGCUGACUCGAGCUAUAUUUAACAGUAGUACAUUUUGACAGUUGAAUCACUUUUGUCCUAAAUGCAAUGUGUACAUACGUGACUUGAAUUUUUUUGUUAUUGACCUAAAUAAUUCUUAGAUUAGUAUUACUAGAUACUGUCGCUGUUAAAGCAAAUGCAAAGGGAAUGAACGUAACUCAUGGUUUUGCUUGAUCUGGUCUUGGGGAAAAAAAAAAUAUUUGACAGCUGACAAUCUAAUACUAACCCCUCCCCAGCAGUGCAGAUCACUGCGAACUCUUGUGCUCCUUUUAAAUGAGUGUGCUGAUGUUAGUUUUAAUAGACUCCUUUUGUAUGUCAUGAGCUGGGCCCAACGCGCUUGCUGCACUCAUCGUGGCUGAUCUUAUGGAUAAGAGGCCAUCGUUCCGCUGUUUACCCUCCUGCACCCCCUGAGGUCCACGUGCCUGACCUUGCCUGUGUAGUACCCAUCAUAGGAUGCUUCUGUGCAGUUAGCUCCAUGUUAGCCAAUUGCCAGAAUGGGGAUCUAGUGACCUUUUGCUGGUUUUUUGCCAAAGUGGACGCUGCCAUCCUCCCUCCCUGCGUGCGUCUGGUCCUCCCCAGUCCUCGUGUUUCGUUGACCUCCUCGUCGUGGCCGGGGAGGUGCACGUGCUCCUCCUCUGACGCUCUCCCUAUGGACCUCCAUGUUGCUCGAUGCUGUUUUAUGUGAGCAGAUGAAAUGGGAAAACCUUUCCAGUCUAACAACUUCUCCUCUCUACAUGUGAAAGAUUCGUUCACCGGAAGUAUUUUCCCUCUUUUUAAACUGGAAUCCUUUUAUGUCCUUUUAGAAAUCACACAGAGUUGUAUGUUACACUUUCUGCGUAUAGACAGAGGCACAGGCUGUCUGGGUGCAUGUACAGCUGGAAGUUUGCUGUGUUUUUCAUGCUAAAUGGAAAGUGUGCUCUAGUCACUGUUCUGCUUGAUCUCUACACAAUGUUUUCAAUGGGUGUGGUUUAAAUAUCUAAAGUUUCUUCUCAUUUCUGCUGUCAUUCUUAUUUUUAGUGACCUGGCCUUACAUUAGCUUGAGUCAUCUCCCUUAACCCAUCCUAAACAGAGCUGAGUGACAGGAAUGAAUUCUAAAACUGACGACAAUAUCAAGUCUGAUUUGGCCCCCUGGAUAAUGACUUUUUUUUAUUUUUUUGUGCUGCUGAUCUCACAGCAGAGCUAACGACAGUACCUCAUGAGUUCAGUUCCCUGGUCCCCCUCUGUGUGUUUGGCCGGCCAGCCAGCGGCUGUGGGGGACACGCUGCCCCCUAGCUGCUGCCUGGGGAGACGUGCUGAGCAGUGCUCGCUGCGCCCUGCGCUGUUCACUGGCAGUCCCGCACACGUCACCUUCAUGUGAAUACAGUGCUGUCCAUUUUAGAGCAGUUCUUUUGGUUGCUGAGUGCUUGUUUUAUAUUGUUACUCCUCAAAUUGGAUGAGGUCCCUUUUUUGUUUCUUUAGACAACCAAUUAAAAUGGGAAAUUAUUAGGAAAUGCAAAAAUAAUAUAUUCAAAACAAUUACUUGAGUUAACUUAUUAGGAAGAUGAACCACUAUUGAAUAAUAAAAAUUUGUCUAUUUGCACUGAUAUGGAUAUUAUGGGGGUUUUGUGAUGAAUGGGUGGGAGGUGAAAUUUUUAAUUGGUUUUGCUUAUUGGCGUUAAUAACAGGGUCCCAAUACAAGUCGCCAGUUUAAAAUUAUACAGGCAACAGUCAUCUACAGUUUUUGGAGUUCUGUCUGUGGUGACCUUCAGUCUAUCUGGCUUUUGUAUAAAUUUCCUCCAGUGAAGCUGUAAAUCCCCCUCCCGCUAACCUCACUGAUAAGCUCACCAUUUUGCCUUACUAAAUUAACUCUAUCCUAGCACCUGCAAGACUAGUUUCUUAUCUGAGAAGUAACUCAACUUGCUCUGUGAUAUUCUGGUCAAGGAAAAAAAAAAAAAAAAGAAAACCGGUCUAUCGCUGGGUAUGUGUUUGAAAAGUUGACCUUUAAGUGGUUUAACGGAGCACCCUCUCGAUGCCUAGGACGCAUGUGGCUGACGAUCCUUUUAAAGACGUGAUACAUUAGUAAUUGGAGUCGUGUUUAACAUUCGGAACAAACACCUGAGCAUGUGUUUCUGUGUGUGUGCAGAUCCGCCUCUGCAUUCACCUGCAGGGAUACUUUCUUGUAUUUAGAUUGUAAUUCUAUAGUAAAUUGUCUGCUACUUAGUCUCCCGUGAUUGACUUUACACAAAGGCUCAAUUAUUGAAUUAUUGUAUAUUUUGUAUAAUGUACUUAUUCCAAAGGAGAGAAAUUGUGAAAAGCUUUCUUCCCUAACUUUAAAGCUGUACUGUUUGUUUGGAGUCGGUUGAACAAAUUGCAUUCCUUGCUUGUGGAUUGUUGCUUAUUUUCUUUUUUUUUUUUUUUUUUUUGUUUUUUUUUUUGCUGAUAAGUUUGAGAAUAAAUUUCUAGUUUGCAAAAUGUGCCACUAAAUAAAUGGAUUACUACC